AUGCAUCCGAUAAAUCUCGAAGAUAGUGAAAAACACAAUAUAACAACAUGCACAUGCCAAAGGUUGUACGAAAUAGAAGUGGCAGAUCUAAGUGAUGCUGUGGUCAACAUCUCUGAGGAAAUUCUGAAGGUUAAACAAGAAGUUGAAGUUGAAUUUUCUGGUAUUGAUCCAGGCUGGGGUCAUGGAGAAAGCAACGUUCCGAAUCAGGCUCAGGGUCGUUAUUCUGAAACAGACAACCGUGACUGGCGGAAUCGGCCUGCACAAUUUCCUGUUCCUGGAGUGGAGAGACCCUGGGAAGCUAUUCGAGACAGAGACUUGGUAGUCGGUUUGAUUCAAGGCAACCAGAAGUAA